UGGGGGUGCAGGGAGGUGAAAGGGCCGGACCAGCCGCUGUCCUUGCCUGCAGCUCCUCUCGGGGGCUGUGGGCCCGGCAGCUCCCCCCGCGCCUUUUAACCUUUUAACCACGAGCCAGGCCCUCACCGGCAUUUAGCACCCAGGAGCACCCAGGAGCUAUUUGUUGAGUGAAUCAGUGAACGACUGAGCCAAGGCUGGAGGGUGAAGUCAGGCUUUUUGUCUGUUUGAGGUGGAAGAGGCUUACGCGUGUUCACAGGUUGAUGGAAGGGGGUCUCCGCAAGAACGCGGUUCACGUCGUACACGGGGAGAAAAGCCAGCCGUGUCGGUUCCCUGGGACGUCAGAGCGCUUGGCCUCUAAAGCAGGGCGGACACGUUGGCCUUUGCCCCUGUGCGGUGGUCCGGGGCCAGGAAGGGAGGGAUUCACAGAUCAAUCUAUUGAGGUCCUGGACGCCUCGUCCCUCAGUUUCAACACCAGGCUGAAGUGGUUUGCCAUAUGCUUCGUCAGCGGCGUCUUCUUCUCUAUUCUUGGAACUGGGUUGCUGUGGCUUCCAGGUGGCAUAAAGCUUUUUGCAGUGUUUUAUACCCUUGGAAAUAUUGCUGCCUUAGCCAGUACGUGCUUUUUAAUGGGACCCGUGAAACAACUGAAGAAAAUGUUUGAAACAACGAGAUUGCUUGCAACGAUUGUUAUGCUUCUGUGUUUCAUACUUACCCUGUGCGCUGCUCUUUGGUGGCAUAAGAAGGGGCUGGCCUUAUUAUUCUGCAUAUUGCAGUUCUUGUCAAUGACCUGGUAUAGUCUGUCAUACAUCCCGUAUGCAAGGGAUGCGGUAAUUAAAUGCUGUUCUUCUUUCCUGAGUUAAAAAUCAGAAACUCUUUGAAAAGACCAUUUGAAAGCUGAUGUUCUGUUUUUGGUGAAGUAUACUUUUCCUGAUACAGUAAUCACUCCAAAAAAACAACUGCACUGACCAUUUAAGACCAUUUUGUAUACUGAUAAAAACUACAUGCUAAUUAAACUGUUAAAUGCUUGUGAUGUUAAAUUCAUUUUGUGUCAUUAAGAUGCUCUUCCAGAGAUAAGGAGAUUUUAAUCAUUGCCAAUUGUAAAUGAUUUUUAGCCAGUUUUUUAAUCUUUUCUAAACAGCAUCUGAGAUGUGUAUAUUUAAGGGUAAACCUAUGCUGCAAGAUAUAUUCAGCUUUUUUGGUGGUUUUAAAAUGUCUACAUUUAAAAAGUAUCUUUUUAAAAUAAAAACUUUAAAUGUGAAAA